AUGUUCCGGGUGAAGAGUGUUAAAUCCCUUAUAUCGCUUAGUCGGAUCUCCAUUAAAAAGCAAUCAGGUUCAGAACAACUAGUAGAGUGCGAAGAAAUAUUAGAAGACCGACAAAACUUUCCCACCCUGUCUUCACAGGGCCAGACAGGGCACCGCCAGCGUCUGGGGCAGGAGGACAGAGGAGCCCUUCCCGUUGCCGGUGCCAGCCUUAUAUCUUGGAAUUACUUCGCUCGAGAGCGAGUAGGCAAGAGCGCCAUAAGCAAUACUACCAUCGUCCCCAGCACUGGGGGCCCGGGCCUCAGCGGCGGGCCAGGGGGCGGGGGAGGGAGCGGCAUCGAAGUAAUUCAGGUGACUAAUGUCUCCCCGAGCGCUAGCUCUGAGCAGAUGCGGACCCUCUUCGGUUCCCUAGGGAAGAUCGACGAAGGGCACCUCUUCCCGCCUGAUGAUUCGCCUUUGCCAUUCUCAUCCCGAGCCUGCUUUGUUAAGUUCCAUGAUCCAGACUCAGCCGUUGCGGCACAGCAUCUGACAAACACUGUAUUCGUUGACAGAGCUUUGACAGUCGUACCAUAUGCAGAAGGAGUUAUUCCUAAGGAGACUAAGGCUUUGUCUCUGUUGGCACCAGCUAAUGCAGUGGCAGGUCUUCUGCCCGGUGAUGGACUCCUGCCUACUCCCAACCCACUUACCCAGAUUGGCGCUGUUCCACUGGCUGCUUUGGGAGCGUCUCUUGGUCCUGCCCUUGCUGCACUUGGGCUUCCUGGUGCAAACUUGGACUCUCAGUCUCUUGCUGCCGAUCAGUGGCUGAAACGUAUGAGUACUGCUGAUCCCAAGUUGAAUCAUGUAGCUGCUCGUCUUGUUUCACUAAGUCUGAAAUCAGAUACCUCUAGUAAAGAAAUAGAGGAAGCCAUGACGAGCGUACCAGAGACACACUUCCUAAUUUCUGCUGCUAUAUGACCAGGUAAGAAGGAAGAAAAACGAAGGCACUCGAGGUCAAGAUCAUGUUCUAGGAGGAGGAGGAUUCCCUCAUCUUCUAGGCACAGGUGGUCAAGAAGCAGAUCAAGGGCUUCCCUGAUGAGGAAGCUGAAGUAUGGAGCAUAUGUUUUAUCCAAGGACUCAAAGAAGGUGGUACAUUUGGUGACAGACUCAUCUCAGACCCAAACCCGGGAAAGAUGGUUCUUUGGGACACUAGUCCACCAUCUUCCAUCUGCUGACUUUCCAAAUAAAGUCGCUCUUUCUUGCCUCAACACCAUUUCUCGAUUAUCGGCCUGUCAUGCAGCGAGUAGUAUGAGCUUGGACUCGGAGCCCAGGGCACGCAAUGACAUCUCACUUAAACUAGCACCUGUGGUGUACUGUGAUAAAGUGCCAACUGAAGCAAGUGUCUCGAGAGCCCAAGUGUCUGCUGCACUUGACCAUGACGGCAGUGACGAUGGCUACAAGGACUUUGGUGAAGGAGAGGUGUUUUCUAAGUGCACUUGA